GCCGCGGGUGGCUCCCUUUGGGUCCUAGGCCCGUACCAAGCACUGCCGGCGCCGCCGCCAUGACAGCGUCGCGACUUUCUGUGCUGUUAGGCCUCGUCCCGGCAGCUGCGUGGAGAGCGGCAAGAUCACCCCAUGUGUGUCACUCUUUGAGAAAAGCAAGUUCGCAAGGGGGAAAGUCUGAACCUAUCAAACAAUCCAUUAAGAAGCCAAAGUUACCAGUAGGUCGUUUUGAUGCCCCAGAAGAUUCCAAUUUAGAGAAAGAACCACUGACAAAAUUUCCACAUGAUGUUAAUCCUGUUACCAAAGAAAAAGGUGGACCCAGGGGCCCAGAACCUACCCGAUAUGGAGAUUGGGAACGAAAAGGACGCUGUAUUGAUUUUUGAGCUGCCUGUUCUUUAACCUCAUUAUCUUUUUCUGAAUCCGAAUUAUUUCUGAUUAUCUUCUUUCUUAUAUCCUUUAGAUCACCCAAUUC